CUGAUUUCUCGUCAGCAAUUUCGCUUCAAAGUAAAUCUUUUGAUGAUUACUGAAUCGUUCAAGGGGCGAGGUUUAUUCGAAAUGGGCCGUGUGCUCUCCGGAAAAUCAGCCGCUUCGGUGGUGUCAGAGGGGAGUGUGGGAUCUUUCUCGAACGAAUCCGCCACCACACAAUUGGAUUAUUUACGACUGAAAAGUGAGCAUCGAAAGCUGCAAAAUCAUUUGGAGCAUGUGAGACAUGAACGAUUUCGUGCCGCUGAUCCGUUGCUAACGAUACGACGUUUGUUGACUGGUGAGGCGAUCACAAUGGAUUUGUAUCGUAGUAAACGAGAGAAGUUGGAAUUACUCGAUGAGGCGUUGAGAUCAUUCGAUGGGAAUGCUAUCACUGUGAUUCUCUUCCUAAGACGUUCAUUAUCGGAAUCUCUUUUUCGAGAGAUUUUGUUGGAAAAAAGUGUGGCCGCUGAUCAUUAUGUUGCGUAUUUGAAAGAAGUUGAAGAUUUCGAUCAGUUAGCAACAACACUUUUGUAUGUGCAUUCAAUGUUGUUUUGUCAGAUUGAAUGUGAGCGAGCAGAAGUUUUCAUUGAUUGA